CUCGCUCGCUCUUUUUUUUUUUUUUUUUUUUUUUUUGGAGGUAAGAGGGACUCGGGUUGAGUUGCAGUCCUCGACGUGGUCUGGAGAAGGAGCGUCAGUGGAGCAGCUUCCAAUAACAAUAGUAAUAAUAAUAAUGAUAUAACAGGAGGCUGAGUGAGGAGGGAAACAUCAGGAUGCUGAUCCAAGCAGAGUCAGCGGGAGCUGCAGCUUCUCUCCAUCAGCGCCAACCCGGCUUGUUCCGUCUGUAACUUUUCAAAGAGCGGAAGUUCACCUGGGCUAGUUUUUUUUUUUUCCCUCCCGUUACGUCCGGUUCCGCUCCGGUUCUCCCCGCCAUGGUGGCCGCAUCGGUCCACGGAGCGCUCCUCCUGUGCGCCCUCCUCCUCCAGCUGUUCCCGCUUCCCGGCGGACAGGCGCCAAACUGCCUGGAGGUGCGCGCGGCGUUCCACGCUCUGCACCCGGGCUCCAAGUGGGUCCCUGAGAGCCCGGUGUCAGGUGCAGAUCUGCAGGUUUGCCAACCCAAAGGCCCGACCUGCUGUUCCAAGAAGAUGGAGGAGCGGUAUCAGGUAGCCGCACGCAGCAACAUGGAGUCAGGGCUGCAGAUUGUCAGCGCUCAUCUCAAACGUCUCAUCAUCCAGAACGCUGCUAUCUUCCAAGAGGCCUUCGACUUGGUGCUGCGUCACGGCCGUAACUCCACCCUGACCGUGCUGAAGUCGGAGUUCCCGGCUCUCCUCCCUGGGGCGCAGAGCUCCGUGGGGCAGCUCUUCCUGGACAUGUCGCUCUACAUCCUCGGCUCCGACUCCACGGUGGACCACAUGGUGGCGGCGUUCUUCGGCAAACUCUUCCCCCUCAUGUACCGCCGGCUGCUGGGCGGCGGUGCGUCCGCCGCAUCCGAGGAGUGCGUGCGGGGAGCCUGGAAGGAUUCUGGAGCGUUUGGGCCUUACCCCAAGCUGAUCAUGACCCGCCUGUCUCGCUCCCUUCUGGCCACAAGGGUCUUCCUGCAGGCGCUCAACCUGGGCAUAGAGGUGGUCAACACCACGGACCAUCUGCGGCCCAGCAGGGACUGCGGCCGGGCCCUGCUGAGGCUGUGGUACUGCCCGCACUGUCAGGGCAUGCUCAGCCCGCCGGCCUGCAGAGGCUUCUGUCAGACGGCGAUGCAGGGCUGCCUGGGGGGCGCCGCCGAGGUUCAGCCCCACUGGAGGAGCUACAUUGACGGACUGGGGAAGCUGGCAGGAGGCAUGAGAGGGGAGCAGGAUAUGGAGGCCGUUGUUCUCAGGCUGCCGUCGCUGAUCAAGCUGGCUCUGAAGCAGGCGGUGAACGCCCGCAGCCGACUCAGCGCCCUGGUGAGCAGCAUGUGUGGACACGCUACGAAGCGAGCCUCCCGCUCCGUGGAGGCCCCACCUCUCCAUCAGCCUCCCGCUGCGUCUGUGACCCGGGACGCUCAGCCCUCAGACGCCGAUGAGACGCUGGCUGGACUCCGCAGGGAGUUCAUCACCAACCUGAAAGGCUUCAGCUCCUUCUACAGCGGCCUCGGGGAAGCGCUGUGCAGUCGGGAGCCCGCCGCGGCGAACAACUCCCUCUGCUGGAACGGGCAGGAGAUGACAGACAGGUUUGUCGGGCCCAGCCAGAAACGGCUUCAUCCCGCCUCGGAGUCUAAGAGCAACAAGCAGCCGGAGCCGGUCAUCAGCCAGAUCAUUGACAAACUGAAACACAUCAACCAGCUGCUCAACAUGGUGUCGGUGUCCGAGAAGCGAUGGCGAGCGCGCUCAAGAGGAGCCGACGCCGACGAGAGGUUCGCCAGUGGCGACAGCGCCGACUGCGACGACGAGGACGAGUGCGCCGAGGUGUCGGGGCUGGGGCCUCCUCCGAGACGCAAGCGGCUACGGAUCUUCACAGACCUCGCCGACAACCUGGACGACUUCACCUUCCAGGAGCAGCUGCUGACCCCUCGGCUGGCCACCGCCGGGAUGGGAGGGGCCCCGUCACCUGCGGCUCCGUUGCCGAGGAGCGGCCUGGUCCCCGUGCUGCCGACGACGCUCGCUCUCCUCACGCUUUGGCGCCACUGACGGACCAGGCCUUCUGCCCUCCGUUUUAGCUACAAAUUCCUUACAAACACGUAGAAGGUGACGAAUCUUUUGGACCUGUGAAACACCGACGGCCCCAUCAUUAACAACCAAAACCCUUCUUCUGCCCCCCUCCUACUCUAACAAUAGUUUUCCUUCUUUCAAAUUUGGCCGACAAACAUCAAGCACACUCCAUACCCCGUCUUGUAAAUAAGAAAACCUCCAGCUGGCAAACUUUACUUUUUUGUACUCUCUGGCUUCACGUACUGACUUUGUCUCCAUAGCAACAAGGCAGGAGAGAAGCCGAUUAUUUAUUAAACUGUGGACAUGUAAAUAAGUGCGACCACUCUGUCUGUACCGACUGGUGGCCCGGCUGGACAGACCGAGCGUCAGCCGCCGCCAUCUUCCAGCACUGGACCCGACGGCUGAUAGGGAAUCACCUUUUACUUCCAGGGAAAGUCCAGAAUCGUCUGCAAACGAGGUUCUGCUGAAUGCUUAGUGUGCCGUAAAUGUCUUACCUGCAGCAGGAAUCGAUCUGCGUUUAACUCGAAUUGGUUGAUCCAGGCAGAAACUAACAAUUGGUUCACGACUGUUUUUAAAGGGCCAGAACUGUGCCAGAGUGUAUUGAUAAAGUCCAAUAAAAAAAACUCUGAAAAUAUUAAUAAGUAGCUGCUUCUGCCUUUGAUAAGUACUUCUUAAUGGGGCAGGGUUGUGUAAAACUGACUUGUUUGAGCUUCUCGUCAUGUUAUAAUGUUAGUACCUAAUCUGUUGCUUUGAUUCUUUCAUGCAAGAAAGAAUCAAGCUUAUAGCUAAACAUAGCUAUAAGCUGUAUAAAACAGACGAAGGGACAGGAAGCCCCAUCUCCUCCUUUUUUCUAGGUAAAGUUCCUCUUCAGAGCUACCGUUUCCAAGCCCCACAGAGCUCCCCCCGCCACUUGGCUCCUUCAGACUAGCCUGCAGCAAUUAGCAAACACCUGGUGGAACCGCGAGGUCUGCUGAGCUCGUCAUAGGAGCGACUUCUCAGGGCAACGCUGGUAAAAACGUUGUUGGAGGGUUGAUAGAGGAGCCAUGUUGUGAUGACUUCCUGAAGGCAGAGUUUCAUAAAAAGCAAGAGUUUUUAAAGAGACAGACAUCCGAUUUCAAGGCAUUAAAUUACGAAAGUAACAUUUAUUUUUAGUCACAUUUCAUAUAGUGUUUUCAUAACAACUGAUGAUGAAGUUGUUACUUGACUGUGCCAUAAAAGGCACAAUGUACCUGGAAAAAACAUAAUACCGCUCCCUUAAAACUAAAUACCACUGAAAUGUUUUCACAUUGAUCUCUCCCUCCUGCAUUUUGCAGUUGUUUGUGAUUUUUUUGUUUGCUUGUUUUUGCAAUUGAAAUGACUUUAGAGACAUUUACAAUAUUUCUCUUGAUGCAUGACAACAAAUGUGACUUGUUGGUCACAAACUGGAGGGGCAGAUCGAUGAAAUUCGGGACUUUGCAGAUAAAAGCUGCUUUGAUUUGACUGAUACAAGAAUAUUUAAGCCCACAAUUUAUUAUCCCAAAGGCACUGUUCAUAUCCAUGUGUCUGUCGAGUCGAGAGGGCCACAUUAAAAGUUGUGGUGGGCCGGAUUCGACCAACAUGGACUUCUACAAGUUCUGUCUGAUGAGCUUUGUGACUUUUUCAGGCAGGUUCACAGAGAAACUGAACUUAAAAACACUUUUAGAGCUGGGAUGUACGACUCUUAACUUGAUUCCAUAACUGGAUCAGACUGGCUGCGUUGCUCUGUAAAUAAGCUGGGUCUGUUGGGUCUCUUAAAGGGCCUUGAGGUGACAUUUGUUAUGAAUCUGAGUUAUACCAGUAAACUGAGAAGAAUUAAAUGAACCACGGCAGAAAUAACAGGCAGACAUGGGGAUCAAAAGUUGAAUCCAACAAGCGGAGGACUAAAAUGGGAAGCAGAGAAACCAAGAAGAGUGACUGUUGGGGGGAGGAGCAGGGUUGCAUCUGUUAAGAGACUAAAGUAGCUGAGGGAAAAUGAUUAAUUGGUGUGGAAUGGAUCCACUGGGGAAACGGUGAGAUCAGGGAAACGAAAUAAGCCUCAGAAACAUUAAGCAUGACCAGAAAUGAAAGUGAUCAAAAUAUUGAAAUGUAAGAAUGAGAGACAACAAAAAAUAACCCAGAAGUUCAAACCAGAAUGACUCACUAAACUCCAACCACAUUGUUGCUGGAUAGUUACUCUUAAAUGGACAGUAUUAUGACUUUUCCAGGCACAUGGUGUCAUUUUUAUAACACAACCAAGCAAGUGUGGAACCUUUAGUUGUUAUAAAAACGCUAUAAAUAUCAAAUGCGACUUAAAACAAAUUUGACUUUGUAAUUUAGCUUUUUGAAAUUGAGUCUCUGUCUCUUUAAAAACUCCUGCCCUUCUGAAACUCCGUCUUCCGGAAGUCAUGACAACGUGGCUCCUCAUUUGACCCUUUAGCAAUGUUUUCACUAAAGUUUCACCGAGAAGAAGCUCAGCUGAUGCUCAGUUCCACCAGGUGUUUGCUAGCUGCUGCUGGCUAGUCUGAAGGAGCUGAGUAGGAGAGUCGAUGGUUUGCCGGAAACCGCAGCUCUGAGGAGGAACUUCGUCCUCGAAGGCGGAGCUAGGUCCACCCCGGCGUUUCGCACAGCUGAAUGGUUGCUAUGGAGAUGAAAGGAUUUCUCAAACAUGCAUGAAGGAAUAAAGGCAACACCCCAUGUUUGUUUUCGACAUGCUAUAAAGCUAAAAAAAAGAAGCUGAUCUUGCAUGAUACUGCCACUUUAAUAGAAAAUAUUUCAAUACAUUUCAUAAAGUAAGAUCUUUGGUGUGGCGCCACUUCCUGUCUCUAUUUCCUGAGACAGGCGUUGUUUAAAUCUUAGCUCCUCCAAUGAACCGUUAGCUUGAGCCGUCUAGACUAGCUAAUCCGGAUCGAAGAUGCCAAAGAAGAUAAGACAUUAACUACUCAUUACUUCUCAGCAGAACCUCGUUUGAAACAUCUCCACUAUCCCUAUAAAGAUACGUUGUUCUUUCAGAAGCCGUGCUUUAAAUAUCUCUUUUCAACUCUUGAUCGUUCCUGUUUGGGUGUUUAUAUGAUGAACUAAAUGAAUACUGGUUGUUUUAUUUAUUUAUUUUUUUCUCUCUUCCUCACUCUUACAAGUAGAGUCUGCUUGGUUUCGUAAAUCCGGUAGCUUUAAGUGUGUGACUCAGCCUGACAGUUGUACAGAUGUGUGUGUGUGUG